UUUUCAAAAUGUGUGGGCUUCUGUUAAGUAAUUGCCCUGGACCAGAAAGAAGCCCCAUCUGGUUCUUGUUGAUCUUCCUGUGUGUGCAAACCCUGCGGCUUGUCCCUCUCUCGCCCUCUCUCUCUGGAGCCAUGUCUCUCGAUGCCGACCGGAGAAAGGAGUCUCAGGCAGGUGCAGAUGCAAGGACAGGCACCGGUGCAGGUGCCGCCGGUACGGGUAAUGGAAAUGGCGUCGUUGCGCCGGGCAUGCCUUCUCACCCUUCCCACCGGCUUCGCUUGAACCCCAACACUGAUCACAAGCCUGACAACUACGACGAUCUCCAAUUGGAGUUCAGCCCUCUGCUCUUCAGCUCGCUGGAGCGAUACCUGCCUCCUGCCAUGUUGAGUGUCUCUCGAGAAGUUAAGGUUCAGUACAUGAGGGAGAUUUUGCUUCGAUAUUCACCCGAGGGUGAACGCACUCGAGUUCAAAGGCAUAGAGAAUACAGGCAGAAGAUCAUAUCAAACUAUCAGCCUUUACAUAGGGAGCUAUAUACAAUGCAUGCAGCAAACUUUUUUGCCCCAUCAUUUCUCACUGCAAUCAAUGAGAAUACAGAGGAGAGUUUUAGGAGGAUAAUGUGUGAACCCUCUCCAGGAGUUUACAAAUUUGAGAUGCUUAGGCCAAGUUUCUGUGAAUUGAUGUUGUCUGAGGUGGAAAAUUUUGAAAGAUGGGUACAUGAAACAAAAUUCAGAAUUAUGAGACCAAAUACUAUGAAUAAAUAUGGUGCUGUUCUUGAUGACUUUGGCCUGGAAACCAUGCUUGAUAAGUUAAUGGAUGAUUUUAUACGUCCUCUAUCUAAAGUUUUCUUUCCUGAAGUUGGUGGAUCAUCAUUGGAUUCUCAUCAUGGCUUUGUUGUUGAAUAUGGAAUGGAUAGGGAUGUUGACCUUGGUUUUCAUGUGGAUGAUUCAGAAGUCACUUUGAAUGUUUGCUUGGGUAAAGAAUUUUCUGGUGGAGAAUUGUUCUUUCGGGGUGUUCGUUGUGAUAAACAUGUAAAUACAGAAACUCACUCGGAGGAAAUCUUAGAUUAUUACCAUGUUCCGGGACACGCAGUUCUUCAUCGUGGUCGCCAUCGCCAUGGUGCUAGAGCCACAACAACUGGGCACAGAAUCAACUUGCUAUUGUGGUGCAGGAGUUCAGUAUUUAGAGAGCUGAAGAAAUAUCAGAAAGAUUUUUCUAGCUGGUGUGGAGAAUGCCAUCGUGAGAAAAAGGAAAGGCAGAGCUUGUCAGUUGCAGCAACCAAACUGGAAUUGCUGAAGAGAGAAGGAGAAUCUGUUUCUUAAGCUAGUCCACAUACAAGUUUUGCUUAGGAAAAAUGUAAAAUAUCAGAAUAGCAUCGCUCUUUGACAGACUACCAAGUUUUUUUUUUUUUUAACUGUGCUAGCUGUACAUUCAUAUCAUGUCAACUGAGCAUGAUGUCCUGUUCAUCAGCUGACCCAAAAUUCACCCCUCUGUGGUGCCAUUAAUUUUUUUUGUAUUUACAAUUAUCUUCAAUCUAAUGUAUAAGUUCCUGCUGAAUUUACACU